AGAGACUUAUUAAAGGAAUUUCCACAGCCUAAAAACUUGCUCAACAGUGUGAUUGGACGAGCCCUGGGCAUUUCUCAUGCGAGGGACAAGCUGGUGUACAUCCAUACCAAUGGGCCAAGGAAAAAGAAAGUCACUCUGCAUAUAAAGUGGCCUAAGAAUGUGGAAGUGGAAGGCUAUGGGACCAAGAAGAUCGAUGCCGAGAGGCAGGCAGCAGCUGCAGCGUGUCAGCUCUUCAAGGGCUGGGGUUUGCUGGGGCCCAGAAAUGAGCUCUUUGAUGCUGCAAAGUACAGGCUUCUCGCUGACCAGCUUGGCUGUCCCGACGAGAGGUGGUGCACGGAGGGCAAGUGGCGCUCCAAGUCCGGACCUUCUCUCGCAGACUUGUCAACCUGCUGGCGACGGAUGGAGCCGGACGAUUCCAUCCAGCCCAUGGAACAGGGCAGGAUGCCUAAAGCCAUGAGGAGAGAAGAGCUGGAGGAAGGGGAGCUAGAGGAAGGGGAACUGGAGGAAGGAGAGCUGGAAGAAGAAGCAAUUGAUGUUUCUGAUUAUCUACCUAUGGCACAUCAGGACGCUCGAACCUCAGGCAGAGAUCCAAGCCGAGGAGGGAGUUCCAUUGAAAUGACGGACGACAACACCGCCAUCCGUGCCCUGACGCAGUUCCCACUUCCCAAAAAUCUUCUGGCCCAAGUGAUUCAGAUUGCGACCUCUUCCUCCACAGUCAAGGAGUACAUGCAGUUCCGUACAGUAGGCACCAAGACCAAGAUCUGCAAGCUCUCGCUCCGCUGGCCUUGUCCGAUGACUUUUGCUGCCAAGGGUCGUCGCAAGGUGGAGGCAGAAAACAAAGCAGCGGCACUGGCCUGUCAGAAGCUUAAGAGCCUUGGCUUGGUGGACAAGAACAACAACCCCCUCAGCCAUGCGAUGUACAACAUGACUUCACUCCGGGAGCUCGGUGAGAACCAGAGGAAGCCCUGCCACAUCAAAGUCCCCGAAGCAACCCUGCGGAAGAUUGAGAACUAUCUGAAUCAUUAUCCAGUGGACAUCAGGGAAUCCAGGCCCCGGAUUGCUGAUGACAUGAUGAACCUGAGCAAGGAAUCUGGUGCGAUAAGUGAUGCAAUCACAGGGAAGACAUACAUACCCAUGUUGGAAGCAGAGGAAGUGCGCCUUAGCCAGAAUCUCCUGGCCCUCUGGAAAAGGAGAGGAUCCUCGUGGCAGGAAAGCCCCCCGCUGCCAGUAGAUCCUCACAAGGACACCAUCCUGUCAGCCAUUGAGCAGAACCCCGUAGUGGUAAUAGCAGGAGACACAGGCUGCGGGAAAACCACGAGGAUCCCUCAGCUCCUGCUGGAACACUACAUCCUGGAGGGACGUGGCGCCCGCUGCAACGUCGUCAUCACCCAGCCAAGGAGGAUCAGCGCCAUCUCGGUCGCCCAGCGUGUGGCACAAGAGCUGGGUCCCAACAUGAGGAAGAACGUGGGUUACCAGGUACGACUGGAGAGCAAACCACCUGCCAGGGGAGGAGCCCUGCUUUUCUGCACCGUCGGCAUCCUGCUGCGGAAGCUGCAGGGGAACCCCAGCCUGGAAGGCGUCAGCCAUGUCGUGGGUGAUGAGGUCCACGAGCGAGACGUCAACACCGAUUUCCUGCUUUUUUUUAAGCUCAACCCUGACCUGCGCCUGGUUCUGAUGAGCGCCACGGGAGACAAUCAGCGCUUCUCGCAUUACUUUGGGGAUUGCCCUGUGGUCAAGGUGCCGGGCUUCAUGUACCCGGUGAAGGAGUACUACCUGGAGGAGAUCCUGGCCAAGCUGGGCCGGCACCGACACCGGCACUAUGAGAUCAAGCAAUCGGACGAUGAAUGUGUCCUUGACCUUGAUCUCAUCACUGACCUCGUACUCCAGAUCGAUGCCCACGGAGAACCAGGUGGGAUCCUCUGCUUCCUCCCUGGCUGGCAGGAAAUCAAAGGAGUGCAGCAGCGCCUGCUGGAGAUGCUGGGAUCUCAGAACAGCCGGUACCUCGUCUUACCAGUGCACUCCAACAUCCCCAUGAUGGACCAGCAAAACAUCUUCCAGCGGCCUCCACCUGGCGUCAGGAAGAUCGUCCUGGCCACCAACAUCGCCGAGACCUCCAUCACCAUCAACGACAUUGUCCACGUAGUGGACAGCGGCACGCACAAGGAGGAACGCUACGAUCUAAAGACCAAGGUGUCCUGCCUGGAGACGGUGUGGGUGUCCAAGUCCAACGUGGUGCAGAGGCGAGGGCGGGCUGGCCGCUGUCAGUCGGGAUUUGCCUAUCACCUCUUCCCUCGCAGCCGCCUCGACAAGAUGCCAACUUACCAGGUUCCGGAGAUCCUACGCACCCCACUGGAGAACCUGGUGGUUCAGGCCAAGAUCCACAUGCCAGAGAAGACGGCAGUUGAAUUUCUCUCCAAGGCUCUGGACAGCCCGGACAUCAAAGCUGUGGAUGAAGCAGUGAUCUUGCUGCAGGAGAUUGGAGUGCUGGACCAGCGAGAAGCUCUCACCACUUUGGGCAAACGCCUUGCCCAGAUCUCCACGGAUCCUCGGCUGGCCAAGGCCAUUGUCUUGGCGUCCAUCUACCGUUGCCUCCACCCUCUGCUUGUCAUCGUUUCCUGCCUCACCCGAGACCCCUUCAGCAGCAGCCUGCAAAACCGUGCGGAGGUGGACAAGGCCAAGGCUGUUCUGAGCCGGGAGAGCGGGAGCGAUCACCUGGCAUUUGUCAGAGCUGUGGCAGGCUGGGAGGAGGUGCUGAGACGCAGAGACAGCCGUGCCAGGGAUAACUACCUGCAGGACUACUACCUGUACGGCCCCAGCCUUCGCUUCAUCAACGGCCUUGUCAAGCAGUUCUCUGAGAACCUCUACGAAGCCUUCCUGGUGUCGUCCCCGUCUGACUGUACCAUGCCCUCGUCUGUGUGUAACCAGUACAGCGAAGAGGAGGAACUGGUCAAGGGCGUCCUCAUGGCUGGGCUCUACCCCAACCUCAUCCAGCUUGGUCUGGGCACCCUCGAGGUGGCACCUUCCUCCUCCCGUUUGCCGCCCCUUGCCGUGCUGCUCAUGACCGACACGGAUAUCCACGUGCGAGGUGAGUGCCGCAGGGCUGACGCUUCCACCUGCCGCGGGAGGGGGGGGCCCUGCCUGUGCUACGAGAUGGCCGCCAUCCCUGGGGACCUGCACCACCAGCACAGCCAGCUGCUCGACAUCCUGGUGGAUCUGCUCAAAGGCCCUCCCGGCAGCUUUGGCGCUUAG